UAUAUCUCCCUAAAAUAUUUUCAUAUCAUAUUGUGCGCCACAACAUUUCCGAAAAACAUUUGACUGAGUCGUUUCGUGCCGCCAUUAGCAGUGAAGAACGUGUCCCUGUGAAAACGUGUGUCGUUGCACAAUUAUUAACAAAAAUUAAUGCAAAAAGUGCGAAAUAUUAUAUAAAAGUGCGUUCAAUUUGUGAUUUAUAAAUAGAUUAAAGUUUUUUCAUAUAGAAUAUAUUAAAUGCUAGCUCUAAAAGUGCGCAAAAUGAGUUGCUAAAAAUUGUAAAAUAUUGAAAUAAAUUUUUUUCUUCUGCAAGAAAAAUUUUUUUUGCUAUCUAUCCAUCUAGUCAUGUACUAGACCUCUCGUUCUUGCAUGUGCAGUAAUACGUUAAAUUAGAGUGAGAAAGUCGAUAUAGCAUAUUGUGUUAGUAAUGUGUUGCCAAUUUUGUUGAAAAUUUCGGAGUUCGGAAUUGUUCGGAGUACGCCGACGUUCUAUACUGACGACGAGGUCGUUCGUGUUUCGCUGUCCGCCAUUACGGCAAAAGUUAUGCUUAAACAGCGUGGUCCGCAAAAAUUCUCCCAACUUUAAUUUGUUAAAAUUAUGUAUUAAAAAUUGUAGUACGGGUGGAAAAAAUGAUGGUACAAGAAAUGAGAUAAAUUCAUCGCGCCACAGCUGUCAUAAGGAAUUUCGCUUGUAACUUGCAAAACAAAAGUAAAAACGCACCAUAUUAUAUAUAUAUGUAUAUAUAUAUAUGUUUUUAUAAAAGAAUAUAUGUAUGAGAAUAAAUAAAAAAUGAUACAUAGAGUAAUAGAAAAAUAAAUGACAAACAAAACGUGCGAUAAAGAAAACAAAAUUCCAAAUAAACAAAUAAUAAUUGAAAAUUUGAUGUAAACAAAAAUUAUGACGAUGAAAUGAAAUGUGUGAAAGUUAUAAUUAUGAUAAUAUAUAUAAAUUUUUUGAUUUCAACUUAAAAAAUGUCGCCGAUUCGAUUCUUAAAUUUGUUGUUGCUACCACUGCAGUGUUAUAAUUGCAAUAUACACUUUUCCUAUAUUUUGUUGUUAGUGACAUUGGCUGUCUCAACAUCUUUGAGACCCAACAAAAGCACUUGCAACAGUAAACAUAACAGUAGCAGCACGAUCAGAGCACUCCCACAUUAUAGAGUGUUGCACGCUGCUACAAUCAUAAUAACCGCAAUAAUUAUUACGAAGAGCAAGAGGAUUGCAGCCGUCAUUCUGAGUUCAUUGUCAACGCAGACAAAACAGAGACGAAUAAAAGGAAGUGCUUUCGAACAAGAAGAGAACAGCACUCAAACCAUUGCCCUCACAUCUUUAGGGCUGUACAAAUUAAUCAGCUUUCCAUUAUUUACCUCCAACACACCACACAAAAUUAGUAAUAAGAGAGCAACAAAAUAUAUUAAUAUCAUCAAAUCCUUUUUAGCAAAGAGGCUAAAAUCAACAGAUCGGACGAAUUUCUAUACAUCGAUAUACAGCAGCAGCUGUAGUCCUAUAGUAAAUUUUGUCAUUAAAUUCACGAAAAGCCAACACCACUUCAGUACCAAUUUAACAAACUAAAUUAGGAUAAUCAUAAUAUAUAUAGUAGUACUCAUCUAUAAAACAAAACCACCAUCAUGUCAAAGCUGUCAUUUAGGGCUCGCGCCCUCGAUCCAUCCAAACAGAUGCCUAUAUAUUUGGCAGAGGAGUUGCCUGACUUGCCGGAGUAUUCAGCCAUUAAUCGAGCAGUGCCACAAAUGCCGAGUGGCAUGGAAAAAGAAGAGGAAUCGGAACAUCAUUUACAACGAGCAAUAUGUACUGGUCUUAUAAUACCAACACCUGAAGUUUUUACAUGUGACCAAAUAUUUUAUGAUAACAGUUAUCCUCCCAACUAUAAAAUGCCACGUCAGCUGAUACACAUGCAACCCCUCGGAUUAGAGCAAGAUGUGCCUGAAUAUGAUAUGGACAGUUCCGAUGAAGCUUGGGUUAACCAAAAUAGGCGUCUCGAUUUAAGUCCAUUGAAAUUUGAGCAAAUGAUGGAUCGUUUGGAAAAGAGUUCAGGUCAAACAGUUGUUACGUUAAGUGAAGCUAAAGGACUCCUCAAGCAAGAUGAUGAAGUCAGCAUAGCUGUGUAUGAUUACUGGUUAAAUAAAAGAUUAAAAAUGCAACAUCCGCUAAUACUCACUGUUAAGACCGAAAAUCGUCCGGGUGCAUCAUCCAAUAAUCCGUACUUAGCAUUUCGUCGUCGUACUGAAAAAAUGCAAACACGCAAGAACCGCAAAAAUGAUGAAGUGUCCUAUGAAAAAAUGCUUAAGUUAAGACGUGAUCUUCAACGUGCCACUACGUUGCUGGAAAUGGUCAGGAAACGUGAGGUAACAAAGCGUGAAGAACUACAGUUAUCCUUACAGAUAUUUGAAAAGCGGGUAGAGGUGCGUGAUUUUAGUGGUGCUCUAAUGACAGAGUUUAGUUCUACAUAUAGAACACGACCCGCAUUUACACCGUUGUAUACGAAUCAAUACUCACAUCAUUCAUCUUCUGCUGGUUCUACACCGACAGGCCCUGUAUCAAGUGGAAUUGGUAAUGUACUGACAUCUGGUUAUAGUGCCAACGUUAAUAACAAUGUGGGCAGUGGACAUUUGUAUUCAUCGUCACAGUACCUGAAUUCAUCAAAUCUGGCAAUUGAUUCAAUAAAUGUUAGUGGCACAGGAAUUCGUAAAGAGAAACGUCAGUAUAAAAAACGGAAACACAAAUUGCCGCGAGAUAAGCAGCAACAUCUUCAACAACAGUAUUUAGCUGGCGUGGGUAUGAUGCCUUCGUCAGUAACGUCAGGUGUAGUGGGGAACUCGUCCAUAACCGGUCAUCUGCCUCACUUACAUCACCUACAUCGUCAAAGUUCGUCACCCGCCGCUAUUGAAUCAAAUCUUGAUACAGAAGAAGAAGAAUACGCUGCCGGCAGUGGUCAGCAGAAAGCUGGUUCUGAAAGCGAAGAGGAAGCUCCAUUUGCAUUUAGAAGAAAACAGUCUUGUAAUUACCAUAAGCCUAAAGAUCAUCUUGGAAAUUGGCCGUGGGAAUCGAAGGAUAAUCAUGGAUUUGGUGAUCCACGUUAUCGCUUCACCUUGACGUCGUUAAGAUAUCCAAAGCCACGCUGCAUUGGUUUCGCACGUCGUAGACUUGGACGUGGUGGUCGUGUGAUAAUUGAUCGAGUUUCCACUAACUUUGAUGAUGUCUGGUCACAACUCGAUUAUACAAUAUUAGAAAGUACAUCCUGCGUAAAUAGAGUUAAUGUAUCCGCCUCGCCUCCAACUGUUAUAGACUUACCCAAUGAAAAUGUAAAAGAAGAACCGCCAAAUACAAGUGUUCCACCUGUUUCCAUUAAAACUGAGCCAAAUACGGAAGAGGUAUAUCAAACAAUAGUGGCAGAUCAGACAAAUGCAGACGAUGGAAUUGAAGCUGAUUUUGAUGAAGACAUCGAUGAAGAUUAUGAAAAUAUUACCCGCGAUAAAAAUUAUACAUCCGCCCUUUUAUUACGAAGACAACGUCAUCGAAAACGUAACCGAAGGCAUUGGCUUAAUAAUGCAAACAGUCUUAAUAAAGGAUCGACAUUUAGGAUUCUUAAGCAUAAUUCAGUUGGUAAUAAAGAAAGUAAAAAAUCAACUGAUAGUUUUAAGCCCAUACCUCGUCACAUUUUGCAUCGUUUGGCAGAAGCUGUUGAUCGUAAUUUAAGUAAUAAGCGACCCAAAAUAUCGUAUGAACAUCAAAAUGGUGUUGCCGUUGCUGAAGAAACUGUUGUGGAUGUAAACCAAAGCAUCGCAACAGGAGAACUGCAACGGACAAACCAUCGCACGAACAAUGUUGUGCUAAAUAGCAUCAACCCAACCACCAAUAAUAAUAGUAAUAGUAAUAUUAAUAAUAAUGUUAGCUUAAGCGACAAAUUUAAUGUGAUAAAGAAUGAAAAUACCACAGUUGCAGAUAUAGGUAGAGAGAUAAAACAAGAGUUGAUUGAUACUGCUGAUGAUUCCAAUGAACCAUUAAGCACAAUACAACGACUGCGAGUGGAAUCGUCAGUUGACGUACCUUACGAUGAAGAAAAUGUUAAUUUAAAACAGCUAAGUAAUCUCAUUAGGCAUACUAUUAAGAAGGAACCAGUUGAAAAUAAUGAAACAAGUGGAAUAAAUCCUAUAGUAAAUUCAUCGAUUAAAUUGGAAUCCAAUGAUGAUGAUGAUGAUUCGCCUUCAUUAAACCAAGUGGCUGAUGUGAUACGUUUGAGAAAUCUAGAGAACAAGAGGCAUGUGACAGAAACUACACAACCAACGAAAACAGAACCUGUACUGGAAAGCUUCGCUAGUGACUAUCACAAUGAAGAUCAUGAGUACUAUAUGGGAAGCUUAUCACCAAGUUCAAGUCAACGUUUAGAAAUAUGCAACGAACUUUUAUCAGAGAUCAGAAGAGAUUGGUUGCACUUUAGACCAAAAACCCCGACUGAUGAGUUAUUGGAUAAUAGUAUUGGUAAAGUGCCGUUACUUAACGAUGAACAAACACCGCUAGUCGACUGGUCACAACAAACCCCUGUAGAAAUAGAAUUAUUACGCGUUCCUGCGGAGUCAAUAAUUGAUGACGAUAAUAAAGAAAGAAAAAUACCUGCACCUGCACCAAAUUCAUUUUGGGAUACUCAUUGUGAUGAUGCAUUAUUCGUUAGUAAUAGUUUCAAGUACGCCGAUUUAGAGCCAGAUACAGAACUGUUGCAACCCGUGUAUGUUUCCGAUUUUACUCGUGGUAGCAGUAAAAGUCCGGAAGGCAAUACGGGUAACUCAAACUCAGGAAUGGACUUUAAUCUUAGCGGUGAUUCACUUAAUGACAUCAAUUUACUGGAUGAUAGUGAUGAAACUGAUGAAAAUAUGCUUGACAACAUAUUACAAGAAUGUCAAAUUGAUGAGAUUAAGACACUAAAUCAAGCAACUAGUUUCUGGAAUGGAAUAUUAGAUGGAGAGGCAGUAGAUGAAGUUACCGAUGUUGAUGUUGCAGCUGGAAUUUUAGAUUGCAUAGAUGACAAAAAAUUACGCAAUAAGUCGCGAUUAAAGAUUGAAAGAAAUCAAAGCAAACAAGAUUUUGGUAGUUCAAAUUUUACUAUUUUGAACUCGAGGGAUGUAAAGGAUGAUGAUAUAUUCUUUAAAAGUGAAAUUCAAAAGACACCAGCAACUGAAGAGAAUGAAGAAAAAGUUGAACCAAAUGAAAGUAUUGUAGCGCAAGCUAAUCUAGAAACAAAACAAGAAGAAACGAAACCUCCAUUAUUAACUAUUCCUGAAACAAACACUUCUGUAGUAACUUCUGUAGUAACAAAUGUACAACCUGUUAACAACAACAUACAAAAUUUUGUAAACGGAGUUCCGCCACAACUGGUACCAACACAAACAACGAAAGCACAACCGCAACAACAACAGCAACAACAAAUUACACAACCAAAUCUUCUUCAACUGCCACAAACUAUACAAAAUUCAAUUCCUCAACAGCAGCCGCAGCAGCAGCAACAACAACAACAACAACAACAACUGUCAGAAGUUACAACUUUAAGCGACAUUAUAACUGUGGCUAAUACGCAUACAGCAACAACACAACAACCCGUUCAACAACAGAUCCUGCAAAUUCAACAACCGCAACUUAGAAAUGUAACAGUGCAGCAAUUACAGCAACUACAACAGCAGCAGCAACAACACCAGCAACAGCAACAACAACACCGACAACUUUUAAUGCAAAUGCAACGUGAUAUAUCAUCUACACCUGUCAUUACCCAGUAUGUUACCAAUUCUACGGGUGCAUCAGCAACGCAAAACAUACGACAACCAACACUUACACCCAUUGGCUCAUCAGCAGCUGGUACUCAUAUGAUUUACACUACAACUGAUGGUGUUUCUACAGGUCAAAAAAUAUUUAUACAAAAAGCGGCACCAUCGAAUGCUAAUUCUACAGCUGCAACAGCCAAUACGCAUCUGACAACAGCUGCACAAGUUCCUAAUAGCUUAAGCACAAAUGCUGUAAUAACGCUAUCAAAUAUGAAACUUGAAAGUGAUGGUACACAAACAACUGUAGUGGGUCAACCGAGCUCAUCUAAUAUUUUAACGAUUGACGGCAAUGCUGUAGUAUCAUCUGUAGCGUCAACACCUAGUGUCAAUAUUAUUAAUACCGCUAGUGGACAACAAGUUGCAUUGCACAAUAUAAGUGGCAUACAGCAUGUAAGUGCAGCAGGAAGUGGUGCACAUAUAUCCUCCUCAUCAUCACCACUAAUUGUAACUACAGCAGCGCGUAAUGCGCAACAGUUAACGCAACAGCAGCAACAACAAUUAGUACAUGCUCAAAACACACCACAAAUCGUGUGGCGACAAAUUGCAACAACUAAUCCUAAUAACAGUGUCACUGGAGUAUUAACCACUAUAGCAGAGACAGGUGCAGCUUUAACGGGAAGUGGAAAUAAAAUAGUUUGGACUAGUAGACCUACCCAAAAACGGCAGGUUAAUGGUCCUGAAGGCACAGACUACAACAAAUUACUGUUGAAUCGUAAAUUUUCUCAACGGAAAAUUAUAGCACCACAAACACAACAGUCACAAACGCAACAUCAAAUUCAAAUAACGAAACAACACCUACAGCAAAUACAACAACAACAACAGCAGCAGCAGCAACAACAACAACAGCAACAGCAGCAAGAUGAUGAUAGUAGUACGAAUGCAAAUGCACCAGUACUGCAGGAUUCAACGACUAGUUCGACCACAGCAACUACAACUCAUCAGUUACAGAAAAUACAAAUGCAAGGUGGUAAAGUAAUUAAAAUGUCCUCGUUGCCUCUUCUAGUGUCUGAGUUACAGCAGAAACAUAAUUCAGCAGCAAUUGCUGCAAACCAUAACUAUAGCUUGCAGCCAACAAUAAUAACAACACAAUCAUCGCACGUCGCCAAUAAAAUCUUUUUAACUAGCAGCAACUCUGGUGCUGGCUCAGGUGGUAUUGGCAGCAGCAAUAAUACAAGUUAUACAAUAGCAACAACAAGUGACGCACAGCAGCAAUUAACAGCAGGUCAAACAACGCUUACUGGUGUAUCACCAAAAAUUACAUACAAAGAACUGCACCCUAUGAAGGUGAAUUUAACACCUCAAGGUGGUACAGUACAACAAAGUAACGUCGUUAUGGAAACAAAAACAUUAACCGCUACACAACAUCCACAACAGCAACAACACCAGCAGCAGCAGCACCAAACAUUAAUAUUGAAUAAAGCAGCAGUCGCUGGUACAAAUGCACAACAAAAAUUAAAACGUGAACGUAUUUUCAACAUUAUUGGUGCAACAAAUGUCGAGACAGCCGGUACAAAUACCGGAAAUGUGACGGUCACAACAUCGGAUAACAAUAAACGUGUGCUUUAUACGAGUUUGUUAAAUGUGAAACCAUUACAGAAAAACAAUAGCGGACAAAUGCAGAUGCAGAUCGGACCUGGCGGCAUACCACAUGCCUUAUUGCGUGGACGUAUUGGAAAUAAUCAAAUAUUUGCUAAUGUACGAACAGUACCACUCACAACAGCAAUUGGCAACUCACAAGUGCAGCUAACAACAAACAACGCGGUACUAGCAACAGCUCAAAAUGCAACCAACAACAAUAAUAGUAACAAUACAAGCGGAUCGCAACAAAUAACAAUGCGUACGACGGCUACCGAUGCAACAGAUACAAUGUGCAACAUGGCAACAUCAAAUGAUGUUGUAAAGACAAUAGAAAAUGUUAAAGCAGAAAAUAUUAACAGUCAUACUAUAAAUAUUAAUAAUAACAAUAAUAGCAAUAGUAACAACAACACGAGUAAUAAUGCAACAACAAGCAACACUAAUAAUGCAACCAACAAUACGUCCUCUUCUGCCGCAGCAACAAUUAAUAGGUGAAAAAGAUAACUACAGAAUGUUGAUUGGUUAAAUAUUAAAUAUAUCAAAACUAUUUAAAAAGUUAAAAUUAAAUAAAAGAAAAUAAAAUAAAACCUUGUAAAAAUUGGUUGUAGGUGAAAAUGAAAAUGUUAUAUGCUGUGGCAGAAUAUUUAAGAAUAAAAUAAAGGAUAUUAAUAAUUUGGUUACUAUUUAUGAAAAUAGCGGCUGGCCGUGGACUAUGAUGUUUAGUACGCUUGUUGAGCUGCAAAAAUCGUAAAUAUGUCAUUGACGUGUUUAAUAGUAUUUUUAAGGCAAAAAGCAAAAAGUAAAAAGUAAAAGUAAAAACUAGCAACAAAAAGAAGAGCAACAAAAAGAAGAUUAAAAUAUUUUAAUCGAUUUAGGCAAACUAUUUCUUAUUAAAUAUUAUUAAGUGCGCUAACAAUUAUUAUAAACUAAACAGCCUAAUGUCACACAAUAUACGACUGUUGCUAUUAUAAUUAAUAACUAAAAGGAAAACAAAAAAUAAAAAUAUUUUCAAAUAUAUUCCUUAAUUUCUUCUAAAGCAUUCACAUACACACACACACGUGUGGCUUUAGCAAUAUUAUAAUGAAUUAUAAUAUAAAUUAUAAUAAUAAUAUUUGCUGAAAUAUUAGGAAUGGCAAAUGUUUUCAAAAUUGGAACAGGACGAAUUUACCUGUUGGUGGUUAGCAGCUUUAACAUAGAAAAGGCAAUCCAAAACUAAGCAUAUAUAAUUCACAAAUUUCAUUCAUCAUUUCUGAUGAGUUUUGAUUGAUUUUAUUUUAUUUGAAUACCAGCUGCCAAUAAUA